CUCAACCCUCAAGCCAGCAGUGUUGUAUUUUUCUAUCCAUAAUUAUUUUUAUUGAGAUUUUUGCAGGUAUGUUCAUGAGAGAUUGGCCUUUAAUUUUGUCAGAUUUGGUAUCAAGGUGGUGCUGAAAUCAAAUCAGGAAAUACUUCUUUUCUGGAAUAGUUUGUGUAAUUCGACAUUUUUUCCCUUACAUGUUUGGCUGGAAACUCUUUUGAUAACAUACUUUAGAACCAGUUUUGUAGGCCACACUUUGGGAAACAGUGGUCUAGAACAAAACUUAAACAUGAAAUAGUAAAUGCUCUCGUUUUUAUUUAUUUCCUCCCUAUGCAGGACCAGCCAUUUUACCUUUUCUUUCCUGGCUGUGUGGGCUCAGCUAAGUCAGCACACAGGAAAGUGGUGAGGCCAUAUGAGACCAAGCCUGGUCCUCAGGUCUCCUCUCUCUCCUUGCCACCACGCAGCCUGCCACAGCCCUGCUCAGCCAUCUCCACACUCCUCUGACAGAAUGAAUGCCCUCGAUGGCGUCCCCUUCAAGGUGCCCAGUGGCUUUGUGAUAGGCACAGAGCCCCUUCCUGGGCCAGAGCUCAGUGUCCCAGCCUGCAGGGAGCUUCUGCUGGGUUCUAUGCACGACUUCAGCUUGGAGAGGAGAGCGCUCUUCUGGGCGGAGGCUGUGGUCCGGGGAUCCUGCCCCUUCCAAUGCGACGCCGCGGGAAUGGCAUCAGCCCCUCCCGCCUGGCUCUUGCUGGUCAGCCCUGAAUGCGAGCUACUGCCUGCACCCGCCGCAGACACGGGCCCUGAGGCCAGACCCCAGCAGCGGCUUGACCAGGAGGAGGAGGAAGAGAACCAGGGCGAGGACCACGACGACGAAGAAGCCACCUCUGCCAACGAGGAAGAGCCAGGUCACUGCAGCCCCCCAUCCAGCUCCCCUGCGAGCCCCGGCCCCGGCCAUCCCCGCUGCUCGCUGGACUUGCUGCGCGGCGUGAGGUCGGAGCUGGCCGGGGCGCGGCGGCGGCUCUCCGAGGGCCCGCUCUCCGCCUGCUCCCGCGCCCUCCUGCACCGCGUCCGCCACCGGGCGCUGAGCCUCUGCCCCAGCCCCGCGCCGCGUCUGGGCUCCAUGCCGCCCGCGGACCCCGCGCCCCCGCUCCCCAGCGCCGCCGCGCCGCCCCCGCGGCCAUGCACUGCCGGUGCCAUGCCCCCGCUGCGAAGCCACAAGCCCACGGUCGCGUCCCUCAGCCCGUACACCUGUCUGCCACCUCUUGGGGGGAUGCCCCAGCAUCUCAGUGCCUGCAGAUCACACCCUGCUUCUGCUGACCUGCUGUCUGCCCUGAGCCAGGAGGAGCAAGACCUCAUCGGGCCAGUGGUCGCCCUGGGGUAUCCCCUGCAUAGGGCCAUCGGGGCUCUGCAGAAGACGGGGCGGCAGAGCCUGAGCCAGUUUCUCAGCUACCUUCGUGCCUGUGACCGACUGCUGCAGCAGGGCUACGAGGAGAGGCUGGUGGAGGAGGCCAUGGAGAUGUUCCAGUUCUCCGAGAGCCAGGCAGGGGAGUUCCUGCGCCUCUGGGCACAGUUCAGCGACAUGGGCUUCCAGCAGGACCGGAUCAAGGAAGUGCUGCUGGUCCACGGCAACCGCAGUGAGCAAGCACUGGAGGAGCUGGUAGCCUGCACCCAGUGAGCACUGGUGCAUUCCACAAUGCCUGUGCAUCCCAGUCCUGUGCCAGACCUGGCAAGCCACUGUAACUGGAUUAUUAAGACUACGUAAGAGGGGCACCCGGCUGGCUCAGUCGGAGGAGCAUGUGGCUCUUGAUCUCAGCGUUGUGAAUUUGAACCCCCCGUUGGGUGUUGAGAUUACUU